CAGGUUUCUCUCUCUCUUUUCUUUUGCAGUAAUAUCCAUGGAGUUUAGACGAAUUUUGUUCCGUCUCAAGUUCAUUGUCAGAUAAAAGAGAAGCAAUAAUGGAGAGAACUCCAUCAGCUUGUGCGAUGCAAUGGAGCAUAGACCUUGAAAAGGGCCUCCGUUCUAAUAAACCUGGUAAAUCUACCAGAGCCAUACUAGAUAUUGGGCCAAGACUUGAGUGGUGGAGUAGAGAGUCAAAUCUUCAUGCUGCUGAGUACAAAAUAUUCGGCUUAACUCCUGGGGAAGAUAAGCUAUUUGCAAAUGCUGUCCUUCUUAGUCUUGCGGAUGCAUUCAGGUCGGGAGACAAACAAAUGAAGCUUUGCAUAGUGAAGAUUUUCUUGUCUGAGCUCAAGCAGAGAAGACGAUUGAGGAGUGAGGGGAGAAAAGAUGAGGGAAUCCUUUCAAAGGAUAAUUUAGAUAGCUGUAGCGAACUUUUGACUAGAAUAAAAAUAGUAUUCGACUCUGGAAACGAUGAAGAGAGAGCAUUGGCUUUAGCUCUAUUUGGUUUCUGGGCUCAUAUUGCGAAAGAUAGCGCUGAUGUUAGAUACCUCAUACUUUCAAGCUUGGUCUCAACGCAUAUUCUGGAGGCAAAGGCUUCUUUGUUUGCAGGUGGAUGCUUUUCUGAAUUGGCUGAUGACUUUGCUUAUGUAUUUCUGGAGAUGCUUGGAGGUCUGUUGACAUCAUCUGAAACACCAAGGGCUAUAAGGUUAGCAGGAGCACAUGCUUUUGCUAAAAUGCAGUGUUCAAUUUUACUAGCGGAUAAAGCUCAUAAGACUGGCAUGAAGCUUAUCAGAGAAUCUGCAGAGGAAGACUUCUCUAUGGUGAUGCUAGUUUCACUUUCCAAAAUUGCUUUUAAAUGGACAUCUCUAAUUCCUAUACAGAUGGAAUUGCUUCUCUCAUUUAUGAAUAAGGAAAGAGGUUUGAGCCUGCAAGCUAUGGCAUUAAAAUGUCUUUGUUUCAUUUUAGCCAAAGGAAUGUAUCACUUCCCUGCCAGUUCAAAUAUGACUCUAAAGUUGCUUGGUCUCAUAAAUCAGUCUGAUUUUCCACCAGCUUUGCAUUUUGAAGCCCUAAAAGCUUUUUGCAAGAUACAAUUCCAUGCACAAAGCUCCUCACUAUUUUCUCCAAGUUCAUACAAAUUGUCGAGUUCAGAAUACUAUCCCCAAUUAUCUCAGAGAGGGUUUUCGCUGUUCAUGUAUUAGCUAGUAUUUUUGACAAACUUUUGG